CGAGUAGCUAGAUGGCGAAACGACCGAUGUGGGCGGAGAAGCUGCGCCGACAGCUGCGACGGACAUUCCAGAUGCCACCGGAGAACCAGGAGACGGCGACCGACCUGCAUGCGAAGCGGCUCGCGCUCGGCCCGCUCAUCGGCAGCGGGGCCUUCUCCAAGGUCUUUGCCGGCGCGUACGACGGCGCGCCUGUCGCGAUCAAGCGCCAGAAGCGCGACCCGCAGAUCAACGACUACAUUGCGCGAGAGAUCGCAAUCUUGCGCCAGCUCGAGCACCCGCGCCUGCUGCGCUUUGUCGGCCAAGUCAACCAACCCGACGAAGUCUGGAUCGUCACCGAGUAUCUGAAGGGCGGCGACGUGAGCAAACUCCUCAAGAAGGCGGCGCCCGUCACGUGGUACCAGCGCGUCCAGAUCGCCCUCGAUGCCGCCGAGGCCCUCGCGUACUUGCACGACCAUGGCUUUAUCCACCGCGACAUCAAGGCGGCCAACCUCCUCCUGGACGACGAUCGCCGCUGCAAGCUAUGCGACUUUGGCUUUGCACGCGAAGCGCAAGUGGACACGAGCACCAAGCCGCGUCGGCGCAUGUCGCUCUGCGGCACGGACGCGUACAUGGCGCCGGAAAUCCACUUUGAUGAAGCGUACGGCGAGCACGCCGACAUCUUCUCGCUCGGCGUCGUGAUCAUGGAGCUCAUUUGCCUUCGCCACGUGGGCGUCGAUGAUUUCUUGCCGCGGACGCCAGCGCAGCAGUUCCGCAUCGACAUGAACGAGUUUCGGCGGGUCACACCAUCGAGCUGCCCCGUGUCCUUUGCGCUGCUAGCAGAGCACUGCACGUCGUUCGAGCCAUCCGACCGCCCGCACGCUGGCGAGGUCGUCGAGUGGCUCACGGAGCUCUUGGCCGACCUCCGCAACGACGACGACAACAACGUCGAGUGCAGCCCUGAAAUGCUCGACGAGACCGAGUUUAGCGUUGCCGUGCGGCCGGCCGUCGACUUGGACUUGGACGAGCCACCGGCGCAUGCCGGCGCCCUCUUGAAGCGUGCGGCGCACGGCUUGCGUCGGUGGCGCCAGCGCUACGUGGUCAUUGCCGACUCGACGUUGACGUACUACACGUCGCAGAAGAUCUACGACAAGCUGCGCGGCAACGACAGCUUUGCGCCGUCGCCCGAGCACACAUUGGCGCUCGCCGACUGCAAACUCAAAAAGAAGGCCAACCGGAGGUUUGUGCUCGUCCAAGGCGCAAUGCGCAAGGAAUUCCAGGCGACGUCGACCAUUGAGCUCCAGAGCUGGCUCGCGAUCCUCGACCAAGCGAUCGCAGUGGCAACGCAUGCGAAACACGCGCCGCCCAAGUCCCCGCCCAUGUCACCUGUCUCGCUCCACGACGAAGUCUACAGCUGGCUCCGACGAUUGCACAUGGAGCAGUACGCUGGGGCGUUCAAGGCCAAGGGCUUCACGACGCUCGACUUUCUCCGGGAGACGGGGCUGGCCGAAGACGACUUCAACUUCCUCGGCAUUGCGGACACAGCACAUCAGACCGUGCUCGCGGCCGCCGCACUUGAUCUCCAGACAGGCCAUGACAACUAAGCUCGCAUGCAAUUCGCUUU